CGCGCGCGGAUCACACGUCUCCAGGACCUGGCCUGCGGCGUGAGUCGGUCCUUACGGUUCCCGGGGCUGCGGCUGGGGCUGGGGCUGGGGCUGGGGCGAGGGGUGGGAGACGGCUCGAGGUACCUGGGCUCCAGGGCUCCGGGACUUCCGGGGUUUGGGCUGCAGAUAAACUGGGUUCUCGGAGACAUCUGCCGCGGAGUCCAGACCUCGUGAGGAGGGGGCGCUGAGGUUACAGCCGGCAUCCUGGAACGGAGAUGCUCAGCUUUAUUAGGUGCGACUUACAGGUGUGACGUGGGCUUCUGAAGUCUCAGUUUUGUCAUCUGUAGAAUGGACAUAACCAAAGCUGCUUCAAAGGACUGUUAUGAGGAUUAAAUGAAACAAUGCUUGUAAAGCUUUUUGCACAAGGGAGCCCUGGAGGCAGGACCUGGCAGGCAAAGCAUGCCUGCUAUCACGCAGAACCAUGGGCAGCAUGAAGACCCCUGUGGAGCUGGCCGUCAGUGGGAUGCAGACCCUCCAUCUUCAGCAUCGUUGCCGGGGCAGCCACCGGGUCAAGGCUAGGGCGUCAUACGUGGAUGAGUCUUUGUUUGGCAGCCCUGCGUCUACCCGGCCCACACCACCAGACUUUGACCCACCCUGGGUGGAGAAUACUAACAGAACCAGUGGAGUGGGCACAGGGACAUCACGGGCCUCAGGGACCAAUGGGAGCUGUGAGACCUCCUCCAGGGGCAGCACCCCAACCCUCACACCAAGGAAGAAGAACAAAUACAGACUGAUCAGCCACACUCCUUCUUACUGUGAUGAGUCGCUGUUUGGCUCCCGACCCGAGGGCACCACCUGGGAAGGCCCGUGUAUGGCAAAGGGGGGCGCUGCCAAACUCCAUGCCCUCUUCUGGACCCCCCCAGCCACCCCUAGGGGCAGCUACUCGUCCCGCCCCAGGGAGACCCCACUGCGAGCCAUUCACCCAGCUGGUCCGUUGAAGACAGAGCCCACGGUGGCGACAGACUCCCAGAAGCUGUGCAGGGGUGGGUUAGACUCUCCACAGCCUCGGAGGCGGGAACGUUCUCAUUCCCUCACACACCUGAAUGUCCCCAGCACUGGUCGCCCACCCGCCAGUGCCCCCCACGCCAGCGGGGCUCGGGAUCCCAGGCCUUCCCCAUCGGGGGUGACCUUCCAGAGUCCCCUAGUGACGCCCAGGGCUCGCUCGGUUCGUGUUUCAGUGCCAACCGCCCCUCAGCAAGGGGGGGCCUCCCAGAAACCGAAGCCCCCUUGGAAAUAAGUUUCUUGGUCCUCUCAUCAGGACUGCCUGCAGGGUUACUGUGAGGGGCCCAGUUUCAGAGGAGGGCAUACCAGAGUCUCCUAGGUAACCAUGAGGCACUGGUGAUGUGCUCAGGGGUGGGGAGUGGGGGAUGGGGUCAGACAUAGUGAGAGAGGGCAGUGCCUCCCUUUAUGCUGACAACCGCCAGUUUCUUCCUAUCUUUUACCCCACCAUGGGGAUUCACGGCUGCCCCUUGAGAUGUCUGUUCCACUCUUGCUAGAGCUACCGGCCGUAUGAGUGCCAACCUAGGGUGCCCCUGGGAGGGGUCCGCCACUCCCCCAUCACUCCCACAACAUCCUCUUGCUGCCACAGGUGGGUAAGUGGCAUGAUCACCAACCUGGUGGGUCCCUUCUUCCUUCCAGCCAAGCUUCCUGCUCAAGAUGCGUCUCCAGCUGAAUCUGGAGUUUUCCCAGGCACAGUGAAUGGACCUUGGGGAGCAGAGGACCUGGGUGACACGUGGGUGGACAUAUUUUUAUUUUAAUAAUCAUGUAUUUAUUUUCACAUAUUAAAAAUGUAUCAGUAGCUCAUCAAAGACA